CAUAUACUAAACUUAGGAUGUUGUUAAGCAUCAUUGCUGAUUUUAUAAACAUUUUGUGCCUUGGAAGAUCAGUUUGUUUUUUUAAAAGCUAGGCUACAGCAGUCUCUUGGAAACAGACUUUAGUUUUUUAAAACAUUGUGUGUAGUAGAGUAGAGCAAGACUUAACUGUUUUCAAAGAUGCUCUGUUGAAUGCAUAUCAGCCCAAAGAAAAUUACAUCACAGUUUCUUGACCUAAAAAUAGUCAAAAAUAUGCAGGAAAAUAAUAUAUAUUAUUCGUAACUUGUUGUCUAUGUGAGAGGUUUUUAUGGUCAAGUAUUCGUCCCAGAAUUCGUUGAUUGAAACAGCGCACCAUACAAGGCUUUAGGAGCUCUGCAUGACCAAGUACAUCAUCAUUAUCAUCAUUCUCGGCUUAACGUCCCUUUUCCAUGCUAGCAUGGGUUGGAUGGUUAUAUUAAUGACCCUCUUCCAAUCUGAUCUCUAGACUGUAUUAGAUCUAAACUCAAAUUCCUCUGUUUCAAGUCUGUUCUUAUAACCUCCUGAAAAGUCUUUCUCGGUCUGCCUCUGGGCUUGGCCCCAGAAACUAUCAAGUCUCUACACUUUCUUACCUAAUUAUCCUCCUCCAUUCUUUCCAAGUGCCCCAGCCAAUUCAAUCUUCUUAUCCAGAUAACAUCUUUAAUUCUACAGAUACUUAGCCUGCUUCUUAGCUCAUCUAACCUCUUUUUGUCUCUCAGACUGGCGUUACACAUCCAACUAACCAUUCUCAUAUCAUUCCUUUAUAAAUACACAAAUAUAAAUAUCUAUAUUAUAAUACCCGUAUACGUCUGUCCGUCUGUCCUGCAAAAUGGUACCGAAAGUAGCGAGACGCACGUUAUGCGGUUUAAAAAGAACUGGCAAACCCGUGGAUUUUCCACGAGCCACCGACUAGUAUAAUAUAGUACAUAAAUAUAAAAAUAAAACUAGUUGGUGGUCCGUAGAUAAAUCCACAGGUUUGGACCGUCUUUUAUAUACUACUUAUCUUGUGUCUCUUUAUGGCACUUACCACUGCCAAGAGACCUCGCCCCCAGGGAGUUGUCUUUUUUAAUACAGCAGUAAUCAAGACUGAAAUAGGCAGAAACACAUAACUAAAGGUAUUUAAAAAGCUGCAUUAAAUAGCAAUGGUCAUAAAAAGUAAGAUAUGCAUUCUAUAUAUUAUGCUAGAUCAUGUCAAUUAUUGAGUUGAAUGCACUUCACCAAGCUAUCACACAUUGCAUCCAGGAGAAGCAUUUUGUUGGGGGAAGAGAAUGAAAAUAACUACUAAAUGAUAAAUCAUUGUAAAAAGUGGCAAGCUAAGCAGAAAGCAGGGAAGCUAUAUCUGCCUAGUUGAGAAUCAUCUAAACAACUUUUUAAUUUGGUUUUUAAAUACAUCCUCAAAUCUUAUUCUGUGUGGAAAAUACGUACAAAAGCUACAUGGGUACAGCAAUUUAUUCUAUGCUCAUAACAUUACUUUGAAAAUCUUCUCAAAUGUUCUUAAUUUUGGAGGAAGAGGUAUGAAUAAAAGUAACAUAAAUCACACAUAUUCCCGAAAGGUGCUUGAUAGUAAAUUUAAUGAUAUAUACACAGGUAACAAAAACAUUUUGAAUUCUUCACAGGAUAUAUGGUGUUACCAAGGGCUAUUUUGGCCUAGGUUGACUAUAAUAACAUUUGAAAAUUGUAUAAUAAAAUGACAUGUUAAAAUAUAUAUCUGUAUUAAAUUAAAACGAAGCUUUUCGUAAGUAUGCUUACAUCAUCAGGUAUAAAACUUAAAAAUGUGUGCUCAUAUAUAUACAAAAAUUACAUAAUUAAAACAUCGUCUAGGGGAUUUAUAAAAUCUAAUUUGUCAUAAAAUUAUACUUUUUUAAGUUAUGCCAUUAUGAAAAAGUGUUAAUAUGUUAUAGUCUAAUUGUUCAUUUAAAGUUGGGUUCUGUAUCUGCAUAAAUAUGCUUUUUACGAAAACCCUGAGGCCCUUGAAAUUAUUUUCCACGUAAACGAGUGACCACUAUAUGUAACAACAUGCAUGGAUGGCUCUGACUUUUCUUUCAUCGAAUCAUGCUCUCUCCAGCAGAUUUCUGCAUUACGGAUUGUUUCGCCAAUGUAAUUCUUGCAACACGAGCACAGGAUGGAUAUCUGUUUCUGUCUUUUUAAUGAAACAAAGAUUUUAUUUUCUUUGUUGACCAUAAUACAAUGAAAAUAAAACGGUUAUUAUUAAACUCAUUAAGUUUGUUAAUAAAUUUUUAAAAUCCUUUUCAUUUUGAUCACAAAAUGGUAACCUGAAAAACAAUUUUUUCUUUUCUUCAAAUAACCAAUCAGGAAUAAUGUCCACCUCCUCGUUAUUUUUAAAAUUAUCAAUGACACUUGAUAUAAACUUGCAAGGGAAAUUUGCUUUCUUAUAUUUCUCUUGUAUGUACUUUACUUCCUCUCCAAAGUUGCUAGAGAUUUUUUGUACUCUGUGAAGGUCUCCACUUACAGCAUUUCUUUUAUAUCUUAUCAGGACUGCCGACUUUCAAUAGGUAGCUAAUUUAAUUUAAUUUCGAUAUACCAUUGUUUCAAAUGUAUUACCUUUUCUAAUUAUGUGUGUAUCAAGAAAUUUCGUUGGGUUCUUCUCAACGGUUAAUUUAAUAUUUGGGUGAUAACUAUUGAGUGCUUCAUGUAAUAAGUCAUGUUUAUUAAUUUCUGUUUCUUUCUGUUUAUUUCUUCUAUUAUUUUGUUUUAAUAUACAUUAUGGCGAAAAAGAAACUACUCAUAUGAAAAUUGCUAUAACUUAAAACAAAAUAAACUAAAAUUGUUUAAGAAUAUCUCAAAAACAGUGUUUAAUCUCUCACACAGGUAAAUUUGUAAUGAACAUUGAUUCAUAAGCUCAGCAUUUUAGGGAUUUUUGUGUACCAAGAUAGAUGGGUAGAUGUGCAUAUUAUACAUGGCUAGCCUUACAAAUAUCGAGGUAAAUGCUGACCUAAUCUAACACAGCGAUGGCAAAAAAAUACAGACAAAAAAUGGCAAAAUCGCAAACAAGUGGAAUAAUAAAUAAUUUCUUUAUCCUUUCUGUUCCUUUUUUGUUUUGUUCGUUUGUGCGUAACAUCAUAGUGACAUCUUCAAAUGAAGAACUGUAUUGAAAACUGUAAAAAUAUUGCUUUAUUCCAUAAAUAUAUCAUGUCCUCUUUCUUGGGGACAAAGUUCAUUAUGGAUCUCUGAUUGCUUUUACUUUAUGCAGUUUCAGUUUCCAGCCAAUGUGAGACUAAAUGCACUUAGUGAAAAGCAUUUUUGAAGGUCUAGAAAAUUCAUGGUAUGUAAGACCACUAUAACUUCACAAUGAAAAUUGAAAAGAAUGGAGAAAUUUCUCUAAAUUUCGUACAUCCUGGACCUCUUUUAUACAAUAUAUUGUAUAAUAAAGAGGUCCAGGAUGAUAUAUACUCCUUAAAGUUCAAUCUCCCGUACUGCACAGUAGGCAACGAGUCCGACCUGCCGUCAGCUUUGCAUGGAGACGUUCUAUUAAGGACUCUAUCAUUGAGUCUCCUAUACAGUUCUAUUUUGUGGAACUGUGUCCCGACUAGCAUUUCUAAAGCAUGUCUCUGACAACGUUUGCGGUAUACAACUCUACUAAACAACUGGUAUGCCCUUCAAACAAAACGAUAUGAAUGUGCCCUGACCUGCAGUUCGUAAAUAACAGUUGUUUAACUUAUUAUUUACUUAACGAAGUACACCAGGAGAAGGUAGGUCAAUCGGAAUUUAAUUCAUCUGACAUGUAUAUUAUCAGUUGUUAUGGAGGAGAAAGGCAUAUUAUAAGACACUCUAAAAAAAAUUGCUGUUGUAAAUAUUGCGUUGCCGUCGUAAAUCAAGGCGAAAUUUAUUAGAUUCCCUACACUGUACUGUACCUUUAAACGUUUCCUUGUCAGGUGUUCUGUCAUUGCUAAAGGUAGAAAUUGAUUUUGAGCUCUCUUGUAUUGCUCCCAAUCAAAGGAAUUGUAUGACUUUUCCAAGACUUUAAUAAGGAGUUUAUGCUCUUGUUUUUUUUCGUUCUGAGUUUACCAUUCAUGUACACAGGGACCAUUUUAACGAGUCUACUUUUUAUUUAUAUAAUAAUUAAUAAUUUUAUUCUAAAGAAUUAACCAAGCCACAGUCAUAUCAUCUUCAUUUUAAAAAUCUUACAAGCAUGCCAUGUGACUCUAUAUAUCAGUUCUCAAAGUAUCAAUACAAAAUGUUUUUUGAAGCUUUUGGUGUUAUACUGUAGAAUAAUUUCUGCUUAUAUGGAGCUAGAGAUCAUUUUUUGCUUACUUUUCACAAAUGUUGUUUAUCCCUAUUUUGAUGUAUUUACCACAAUAUCUAGCUAAUAGGUUACUUUUAGCAUUUAAAAAAGACUUGUAGCUACUGGUAUCAGCAACACAAAAAAAUAUCAAAAUAUUUGACCCCAUGACAAUAAAAAAUUACUUUAUAGAAAUAUUGUUUUAAAUUUAUUUAUUUUCAACCUGGUAAAAUGUAAUAAUAUGACUACCAUGGUUUCACUUUUUGUUGCCACCUGUCAAUUUUUUAUUUUUUUUAGCUAAAACUCAUCAUCUCAGUCCAUUUCAGUUAUGUCCCUCAUUGGAGCAAGUCUUCCACCAUUGGUUGAAGGUCAGCUUCGUUGCUUCUUGUCUGUUAAGGUUGGUGAAUUAGUUUGGUCAAUACCCUCUCCUCCAAAAGAUGUCCAAACACAGCUGAUUUGGUGGGGUGAAAAGGGAGAAGGAGUUUUCCUGAGGCCUGAAGUUGUAAAUGACCCUAAUUAUGUAGCUUCUAAACAGAAAACAGAAGCAAAUUUUCCUGUGCGUUGUGGUCCAAAUCAAAUUUCUUCAUAUUUGGAAGAUAUGGUUUCGCUUCAUUUUGAGUUGUUAUAUGGACCUUCAUGUGUGAAGUUUGCAAAAGUUGAUGUACCCCACAUUGGUAAUUUAUCUCCAAAUAAAUCUUUGCAAGGCUAUCACCCUGUUGUUUGUACAACUGCUGAUUUUAAACACAAGGAAGUGGGAAAACUCUUUGUUUUGCUGAGUUUUAAAUCUAUAUCAGAUGUACAUAAUGAUUCAGCUCCAGAAGUUAAAUUAACAAAUCAAACUUCGAUGCCAAAUGUUACUAGCAAAAAGAAAAAGACAAAGAAAAAAGUACAAACUAAGAAAAAUUUAAAUAAUCAGAAGCAUGUAAAGAUUGCCGAUUCUCCUGACAGAAUCAUAUACAAUGUACUUAGUCCUAUUUCAAAAGAUGAUAAAGAUAUCAGUUUUGUUGUUGGUCCUGGACAUACAAACAUAAAGGAGGGAAUUUCCUUAACAAUUGGUGGUGAUGAUGAUUUUGACUUGAUAUUAGAUACAAAAGAAGAUGAUUUGAAAACGAAGGUGGAUAAACCAUCUAAGUAUGGUCAACUGGAGUUAGAAAAUGAACUGCAUUAUCCUGUUCAAGAAGACAUCCUUGAAAAGGAGAAACAACAUAAUAUUCUCUCCACUUUGUUACUAAAAGGACAGCAACUACGUGAUGCCAUGCUUAAGUCUGGUGUCCAGUCAUAUCGGUCUAGAAAAGAAACAGGAUCUGGUGAUUUGAUUAAAGAACUUUUACGUGAUGAAGGUCAUUUAACACAUGAGGAAAUAGAAACAAUAGAUAUAUCUGAAAAAGGACUAAGAGUUAAUGAAAAUAAAAACAUUGAAGCAAGAGCUGUUGAGAUUGUCUUGGGAGAGGGAGAAGAAAGUAAGAUUGAAAACCUUUUGAGGAAACUUAAUAUUUCCGAUGAUGACAAUGAUGAAUUAAGUGAUGAAAAUGAUCCCCUACGUGAUUCGUCACUUCUUUCUGAUUUGUUCUACACCACUAAAAUAAACAAAAAGAUAGAUGAAAGCUCAAUACUAUUUUCUGAUGAUGAGGAUGUUAAGAUUAUUAAAUCUGCAUCAAUUGAGAACCUGAAAGCUCCCAAAAAGUGCAACGAACAAACUGAAGGGAAUGAAAAAGAGAGUCAAGAAAGUUUACAGGAGGAUGAUAAUAUUAAUCAUGUUUUCGAAACAAGUGAUGAAAUUUCCCAGCAAUAUUCUGUCGAUAAUACUGGUAGCAGCGUGCAGGAUUCAUAUAAGAAACUUUUACUGGAGCAAAUAUCCAUUGAACAGCUAACAACUUUAGGUCGUAUUAAAUCUGUUAAAUUUACACUGCACGAAUUGAAUUUACAUAAAGUAAACGCUGUUAGUUAUUUUACAGAAUUAAAAUUUCCAGUCUCUACAAAUGCUUCUUCCAAUGAGCCAGCUCUGGAGAUUGUGAGAUUGGUUUGUCGUAAUAUAUCAGGAGAGAAAGUUAACUUUGAUAGGAUCUCAAUUUUUCCAAUUUAUUUUGACGAAAAGAUGGUAGAAUAUUGGUGGAACAAUCAUGUCGUUUUGACUCUUAUGGCAAAGUUUUCUCAGCAACGAAAGCCGAUGGUAAUUGGAGAAGGACAUAUAAUUCUUCGAAAAGUGAUAAUGGAUGAAAUGUUUUCCACAACCUUUAGUCUGCCCAUAUUUCCUGUUGGUCAAGCUCAUAAACCAUCUCGAACUGUUGGAAAAUGUUGGGUUACUGUUGAACUGCUUCAAGAUAGCACAAAAAAUUUGAAUGUCGCAACCAAUCGAGCAUCAAACAUUCCAUCAACAAAAGUAAAAACAACUAAACUAACACCAAAUGUUUUAUCGACACGAGAAACAAAAAGUAUAAAUAACCGCACAAAUGAAGAAGCUAAAAUACAAGUCAAAGUAGAAACAGUUAGACCCCAAAAAAUCUACCCAACCGAGAAAGAUAAACUUUCCAAAUUGGAAAAGAAAGGAGAGGCAAAUAUGGAAAGUGAUGGAAGUAGUAAAACUUUGUAUAAUAUUAUCUUAGUUGAAGAAGGAAGGGACAUACUUACUUCUUCUAUGAAUGAUUCGCAAACUGGUAAUAUUUAUCUUGCUUGUCGGGUGUUUUGGGCUACAGAAGAGAUGAAAUCAAAGAUAUGUUGGAAUUCCAGUAAUCCUGUUUUUGAAUAUCAGAAAGUAACACCUGUUUCUAUGGCAACACAAUCUAUAAAUAAAAUGAGAAACAAUUUGAUGAUUAUAGAAGUCUGGAAUAAAUCAACAACAGUAGAUAGAGAUAAGUUAAUUGGAAUGUGCAAACUAUCAUUGCACCACUACUACAUGUCUUUUAAAGAUCCUGUAUUGGCAGAAACCAUUUUAAAAUCAAAGUUUCCAGUAAUAUCACGUGAUGAUUGGAUACCUGUUAUUAAUUUAUUUACUGGAGAUAGACACGGAAGCUUAAAGAUUAUAUUUGCACUUGGAAGUUACGAUCAGGUAAUGGAGUUGCUACACAUGCAUAACAUGAAGAAAAACACAAUAUCUAGAUCUAGAGAUGGACAAAGAACUGUGGAAGACAAGUUGAACAUCGGUCCUAAUCAAAUGUACCAUCAAAUAGAAAUCACUUUGGAACGUGUCAAUGGUAUGCUACAUGGGAAUCAAGAGGUCUGGGGAGAGACAGAUUGUUACAUACAAUAUUAUUUCCCUGAACAAAAAAGAGAUGACAUAAAAUUGAGCUGCUUCCAGUCAAAGACAACAUUAUGUACACCCAAUCCUGUUUUUAACCACUCCACUAACCAUACUUUUACUAUGGAUAAUCACUCUCCCCUGCAGGGGAUUUUAUUGCAAGGGUUUAAUUCAUCUUCUUCACCCGGUGAAGUUAUUUUUGAACUGUGGAAAAGACAUUACUAUCCAAAUGUGCGAGAUCAAAUGAUAGCGAAGGCAGGUUUACCAUUCGCAAAGCUUUGUGCGAUGAUCACACUUCACGGUCAAAACAAUUUGUCAACACAAACAUUCCAUCUACCUUUAAACUCAGUGAUUUUGACAGAAGAAGCUCAAGCCUGCAGUGCGUUGAACUUGCUUGUGAAGUACCAAGUGGACCGAGAUAUGGAUGUAACGUAUGAACAACCGCGAAAUCUCGUAUGUUUGUCUGUUUCAGUGUUGAAAUUGUGUGGAUUAAAGACGGCUGCAUCAAAGUUAUCACAGUACAAUUCCAAGUUAACAUACUACGCAGACGUUGGUUUAAAUGUCUACGUAAAAUUCUUCUUAUCGUUUCUGGGUGAUACAUCUUUUCGCUCGACACGCAUCGCAGCGAAAUGUUUUGCGCCAGCAUUUUCAUAUCAUACGGACUUCCCGUUACCUGUACGAAAAGAAAAUCAUCCCAACCAAGAAGUUAGCUUAGCAGAACUGAUGGAGAAUGGAUUUCUCACAUGUCAUGUUUUCCAUGCGUAUAGCGAAAAAGGAUUAGAUGAUGUAUUACUUGGCGAAACGAAUAUUCCUUUACGUAAUAUCUUGUCGCACACCACAGGAUUAAAAGGAUGGUGGUCAUUAAAUUUACCCUCAAAGUACCAAAAAAUGAAACAAUGCGCUGGGGGUAUAGAAAUCGAAGUCAAAUUUCCUCAAAACACAGAUCGUGAGCUUGUUGUUAAUACUGGUCGUGGAUGCGGGUGGCGCCCUGCAAUUGAUGUGCAGUGUUGUGACGAAGAAUGGUUGUCACCUGCAGAUGUUAAGGACGGUGGCGCUUGCUUCAUCCGUAUUCUUGUUCAUCAGUUGUUGUUACCAGAUAAUGUUUUCAAGAGUAUUUUUACACACUCUAACGAAAUGCAGAUACCGUAUACGAAGGUCUAUGCGCGAUACAAGUUUUACAAUAAAGCCGCCAUUUGUAGUCAAUAUUUUGCUAUCAAACAACAUAAAGAUAGAGAUUACGUCAUAAAGUUGUCUAAUGUGAAAUCAUAUGAAGUUUCGCCAACAACGUCGUUCGCUUGGUACUUGCGUGAAGAGAAACUUGAAGUUCAGUUUUGGUUGAGCUGUGCAACUGAGUGGACGAGACGUGCUCAACCUCAAUCCUGUGAUAAACAUCUCGGUUCUGUGUAUGUCGAUAUGAGCUCAUUUUCGACUUCACCUUUCAAUGUUCAUUCAGUUAGUGGAGAGUAUAACUUAUUCAAGCCUGGUGCUGAAAAUAUUUGUGAUUGCAGCGCAAGAAUUUCCAUUUCAUUUAACGAAAAAUACACCGAAGUGGAUACAAAGACUAAUGGCUCGUUAGAUUCCUCUUCUGAAGAUGCUACACUGUUGAACGAAAGCAAUCUACUUAACGAUAUUUGCACGCAGACCAGUGGAAAUAAAAUAACUCAAAAUGACGGCUUGCAAGAAGUGACAGAAAGUGAUGACGGAAAACUGUCAAUUCGAUUCCAAAUAGAAGAAGCAUUACACCUUCCAACAUACCUCAAAGAAAGUGAGAGCAUGGAGCCAGAUGUUUAUGUGUCAUACGAACUAGAAAAAAAGGGGCUUGUCUUCACUGAUAUUUAUCACAAGUCAGCGAAGCCAAGGUUUAAUUUUCAGAAGUUAGAAAAAGUUCACAGAGAAGUAUUUGAUGAUAAAUAUUUGGACUUUAAAGUAUGGCGUUGUGUAUCUAACAUUCAAAAUGCGGAAAAAGAUAUAUUAAUCGGUGUCGCAAAAGUUGAUGUGUCUGCCCUUUUUUACGGAAUGAAACAAAUAAUCGGUUGGUAUAACAUUCAUGAUUUUAACGGUCAAACUGCUGGUCAACUGAAAGUAGGUGUCAUACCCGCUGUGGCGAUAUCACCCUCACGUUCAGCAAAAUUCUUUAAACAGUUUGAAUUUAUGCAACCAGUGAACCUAGAUAUGGCUUUUUUUUCAAAAUGUCAAGAUGCGACAAAUAGCUUAUCUGUUGGUGGCAUACCUGAAACAUCAAAAUCUAUGUUGUUUGAGCAGCUGAAGCAUAAUUUACAAGAUCUCAGUGAUUUAACUUCUAACAUUAGAAAAAGAGUGGAUUCAGAAUGGGGGGUAAUGGCCGUUGAAAGUAAGCCACAUCCACAUACGUCAUCGGGGUCAGCUGAUAUUACUGUAAAUGAAAAAACAGACGGUGCGUAUACCAAUGAUAACACUAAUGGUGUUAACAAGACUGUUAAUAAGAAAAUGGAACCUUUUAUUGUAGAGGAAGGGUGCAAAACAGUAGAUCAAUCUCUUCCUGUCGCUGUGAAAAACCUUGGCAGAGAUUUAUCGCGACAUGAUAGUGUUGUUUCAGAUAACGAAUCAUUUGUUGAAUUUAAAAAAGGACAAGAUGGGGGAAAAGUGAAUAAUUUUGAAGAUUCAGAAAAAAUUAAAGCAGAGGGUAGCGCUGAGGACUCCGAAUUCUCCUUCAUUGAUGUGGUGGAGACAGGAGAAAGAAUCGAGGAAGAAAAAUCGCAUAGUACGGACGAAUUGAUGGAACAUUUGCGAGAGUUUGAACGAAAAUAUGAACACUUAAAACAAAUUGUCCUAUCUGAUGAUGACUGUGACCAUAAUGAUGAUGAUGAUGAUGAUAAUGAUAAUGAUGAUGAUUAUAAUGACCGGGAGGUAAAAAAGUCGAACUCUGACAAUAUUUUUCAUGCACAUAACAUUGAUAGACUACACGAAGAAAUUGAUGAAGUGAUUAAUGUUAGUAGUAAAGAGACCAGUAAUGAGGACAUUAAAACUACUGAUAGUCCUACUGAGGUUCUUACAAACAACCACUACGACCAAUAUUUAGAGACUAAAAAUGAACCAGUUAGUACUUGUGGUAAAAAUGUUCAAGAUGGGAUGAAAGGAAUGGAUAUUGGUGCAACAAAUCUCAAUCAUCAGGAUGACUUAGCAACAUUACCCAACUUUUUUAUGCGUCCUCAGGAGAUGGCAGCUUCAAUAAAAGCGCUACGUAUUGCAGCUAACUUCAGAGGCUCUCCGCGAGUAGGAAGUGUAUCCGAGAAUAAAUCUGAUUAUAAAAGUAGCGAUGAAGAGAAUCCAAUGCGACGGAAGCUUGAGCAUAACAUCGAUAAAUCUUUUAAAGAGCGUAUUAGAACCAAACUUCCAGUCGAAGCCUCUGAAAUGGCAAGAAUUUCCAGUAUAUUUUUAUCUAAGCCAAGUUAAUAUGUUAUAAAUUAUGAUAUGUACAUGAAGUUUAUCUGCAAGUUGCCGUGUAAUUUCUGUGCAUAAAUGUUUUUUAGUCAAGAUUAUUUGAUCAAAAAUUGAAGGACAAGAUGAAUAAAAGUUCCGUACCUAGA